AUGAAGUUCAGCAUCGUCGCCGUCUAUCUCUCUGCCUUUGUAGGAGGCUCCUUAGCUGCCGCUCUCAGUGAGCGUCAGGCACCACCUGCACCAGGCCCCGCUCCCCCAACGCCCAAGGUCAUCCCCGUUGUCGUCGGGAGCCCGACUCGUGAGAAGUCUCUACUUUUCUAUCCUGAGGUCGUAAAGGCAAACCCUGGCGACAUUGUUCAGUUCCAGUUCUGGCCCAACAACCAUACCGUCACUCAGGCCGCGAACACCCAGGCCCCGUGUAACCCUCUCCAGGAUAUGAUGCCAAAUGGCGUUCAUUCUGGUUUUAUUCCAGGAGUCACAGACGGCUCUCCAGUCGGCACUUUCAACGUGCAGGUCGAGAACACUGAGCCCAUGCUGAUGUACUGCGCUCAAGGCAUGCACUGCCAACUUGGCAUGGUCAUGAUCAUUAACCCUAAGGCGGACGCCGAUGUCCAAGCGUACAAGAUGGCCGCCAAGGGAUCACAGAUGAACGUCCCUGCCAAGAAUGUGGCUGGUGGCUCUGCGGGCAGGAUUCCCUCCAAUUUGGCUGUUCCGCCUGUUGUGUAG